AUGGUGUUCUCGGCUCUUUUCCAUGGUGACUAUCAUGGUGGCGUGGCUACUUUUAUCCUCGCUGAUAAGAAACGGCAGUCUCAUUUUCAGUCAUCUACACGCGGAGUGUUCUUGACCAUUGACUGUGGAGGAACUGGCGAGCACACCGACGGGUUAGGCAUCAAAUGGGUGGGCGACGACAGUUACAUUAAGACAGGGAAAGCUGCCCAUGUCCAGAAUCUUGGUAAAUACAGUCAAGAGCUCAAUAGCCUCCGCUACUUUCCCUCCCAGAAGAAAAGCUGCUAUGUGAUACCAGGAGUAGCCACGGGCAAGAAACACAUGGUUCGGGCAUCCUUCUUCUAUGGCAACUACGACGGCAAGUCAUCGCCACCUUCCUUCAAUGUUCAGUUCGAUGGCAACACUUGGGUGACUGUGGACACUUCUUCCAGCAACUCCUAUUAUCAUGAAGUAAUAUAUGGACCCAAGGGAGACAAAAUCAGCGUCUGUGUUGCUCGCACGUCGCCCGACCAGACUCCCUUCAUCUCCACUCUUGAAAUCAGGGAAUUUGAGCCGAGCAUGUACGAAACGGACGACCAAGAAGAUGCCCUUCUGCGAAGGAGCAGGACAGCGUUCGGAGCAGCGGACUUCGUAAGGUACCCUGAUGACGCAUAUGAUCGCUGGUGGCAUCCUAGUGUUGAGAUGGACGGCGUGGUUACUGUGGCGAGAGAUAACAUGAGCUUCAUCCAAAACAUUACGGCCGAUAUUCCAAGGAAGGCAUUGGUCCACGCCAUAACACCAGCGUCGGGAAAUGCAACGGCUCUGACGGUUCCAACUUCGGGAAUAUUUUUGGAAGAUGCUACCUAUUACUACAAGUUCUAUUUUAUGGAAGUGUUAGGGGUAGCUUUUAGAAAUAAGAGCAGAUCAUUCGAUUUCCUUGUUGGUGGCAUCAAGCGUAACGGGGAUCCUAUCGUCCCUCCUUACCAGUCGUAUUUGACUGACUACAAUCAGGGCCGUGACCUGCCUGCGGGAUCGAACAUUUCCUUGGUCAACACAGCUAAUGCAUCCUUUCCUCCAAUCCUCAACGCAAUGGAAGUUUUCAAGCUCCAGCGAGGACUUGCUAAUGGAACCAACGAACAGGAUGUGAACUCAUUGGUGAUGUUACAGGAGCAAUAUCAACAACUUCAAUUGUGGGCAGGCGAUCCAUGCCUUCCCGUAGGGUUCACCUGGGAUUGGCUCAAUUGCAAUGCUGAUGAUCCACCACGUGUUACUGAACUGCACCUGAACGGAUCAGGCUUGAACGGCACCCUUCCAGACUUCAGCAGCAUGACUGCACUUGAGGUGAUUGAUCUGAGUAACAACAGCUUGAACGGGCAGAUCCCAGAGUUCUUGGGGAGAUUUCCUUCCUUGAAAGAGCUGAACCUGGCAGACAAUAAUUUCACCGGACCUUUACCUGCAUCACUAGCAAGCAACAAGAAACUUAGACUAAAGUAA